AUGGCCGAUGCGGAACAGCAGCUGCCGCAGCAACAAGUGCCCGGGGAAGGGCAAGAGGAGGAGGUGGACCAGCCGCUUCCUGCUGUCGACGAACCCUUCCUCCAGGGUGUGCUGCGGAGCCACCUCCGGGACGACGGACUCGUCGUGGACAAAGUCGAUGUCGGUCCGGGCAGUGGACCCGGGGACAACUACAUGAGCACUGUCUACAGUGCCGUAGUGCGUGGCAAGACGGGACGACUAGAGGCGUUCGAGGAGCAGCUAGUGGUGAAGCUGUGGCCAGCGGACGCGAAGCGACGUCGGCUGUUCCGCUGCGCGCAGGCGUUCAGCCGCGAGGCGUGCGGCUAUGGCGAGGUGGUGCCUCGGCUGGGCGCCGCCGCCGCCGCGCUCUUCCCGCGCUGCCUGUACGCCUCGCCCGCCGGCGUCGUCGUGCUGCAGGACCUGCGCCCGCUCGGCUUUCGCAUGGCCGACCGCCGCGUCGGCCUCGACCUGCCGCACGCCGAGCUCGCGAUCAGGAAACUGGCCCAGUUUCACGCGACAACGUUGGUUCUGAAGAGGGACAGCCCGGAGACGGCGGAGCGCCUGAGGCGGAUGCUGCAGCCGGACCUGACGUUCGCGACGGCGGCGCGCCUGCUGACGAGCGACUCGGUGGACAACGCGUUCCUCAUGGCCGUGGAGUCGCUGAGCGACGAGCGCCAGUGGGACGAGCCGCUGCGCGCCGCUGUGGCCGCCGCCACCGCCGUCGUCUGCCACGGCGACAGCAGCGCCAACAACAUGCUCUUCCAGUACGACGACCAGCGGCGCCCGCAGGACCUGCGCUUCCUCGACAUGCAGGUGCUGCGGUACGCAUCGGCGGCUACCGACGUGAUGUACCUGCUGUUCACGACCGUGCAGAGUGCCGUCCUCAGCGAACACCUGCAGGACCUGGUGGGCGCCUAUCACCAGCAGCUGCAGCACGAGGCGGCCGGCGCCGCGGACCACAUCACUCUGGACCAUAUGCACUCGGAGGUGCAACGCCACGCGCUCUGGGGGCUGCUGAUGGGCUUCUGGCUGAUGCCGGCGAUGAUGAUCAGUCCGCAGAACGUACCCAGUAUGGAGGGCAGCGAGUCGCUGUCCAAGCAGCGCAUCAGCGAGUGGGCGCGCAAGCUGGGCCCCGACUACCGCGUGCGCAUCGAGAGCAUCAUGCGCAGCUACAUCACACUCCUGAGGUCUCGGCCAGGUGCCGAAACUGCCUAG